CGUUUUCAGGUGUGUGAGCGCUCGACGAUCCAGGAAGUGACACGGUCAUUCGGGAUUUCGCGAACGCAAACUGUUUACUAUUUACUGUUUGUCUGAACACCGCACCGCAGGUCCACAAGAGGGUCCAGGUAAAACGGUUACAGACGAGGAGGGGUCUUGGCUCCUGUUGGACUCCAGCCGGAAGAUGCGCUCCGCCAGAGAGGACUACGACAGACGCAAUGGCCACCACGAGCGGAUCGACUUCCUGACCAGCAAAGAGAAGGCGUCGUCGAGGCGGAAGACCGGCAUCAUCAUCGGGGUUCUUGUGGCAUUCCUUAUCCUCGCAGCUGUUGCAGCGUUCCUCAUUUGGCUGUUUGUCUUUAAAGACGCUGAUUCAGGAGCCACCUUGAGUAAGAAGCUCAGCCCAUCAGUGCAGGUCUUCAGUGGGCAUAUGAAGCUGGCUGGUGAACCGUACGCCCAGGAACUGGAGGAUACAAACAGCAAGGAGUUCACGAAUCUGGCACGCAAGCUGCAGACGAUUCUGGAUGGAAACUACAAGAAAGAUCCAUUACUUGCAGAAUACUACACUAAAUCGGUGGUCACUGCUUUCAGUGAGGGUGUGAUCGCCUACUUCUGGUCCCAGUUUGAUAUUCCAGUCGAAGAGCUGGAGAUUGUGCCGGAGUUCUCAGAGGAGCGGGUGUUGGAGGCACUAGAGAACGGCCUGAAGGAGCAGCGCCUUGUCUCAUUGAAGAUCAUUGAAGUCACUGCCUCACUCACAGAUCCUCGCAUGGCCAGGAACCCGGGAGCCGAGGAGUGUUUCUACCACCUGGAGGCUGAGGAAACGGUGAAGAAGUUCUCCUCUCCGGGUUACCCCAGGGGCUACCCCCCCAAGUCUCGGUGUCAGUGGCAAAUCCGAGCCUCGGAGGACAAAGCCAUAUCUGUCACUUUCCCUUUUUUCCACAUCGAGGACGACUGCUCGGACGACUUUGUGUCCAUCUAUGACUCUUUGAGUCCAGAUGAUUCUCAGGCCAUCACGGAGAAGUGUGGUCAGAGGCCCCCCUCCAACCAUCUGGAGGUGGUGUCAUCCGGCAACAUCAUGCUGAUUAAUUUGAUAACGGACACCGAUGUCCAGAGGCCGGGCUUUGAGGCAGAGUACAGAGCCAUCCCCAUGUCACAAGUAAAAACCUGUGGCGGUGUCCUCUCUGAGAAAGCGGGAGUCUUCACCUCCCCACUUCACCCCAGCUUCUAUCCUCCUGCCGUGGACUGCAAGUGGACCAUCAAGGUCCCUGCUGGGAAUAAGGUGCGGGUGAAGUUCACCAUGUUCCGCAUGAAAGAGCCCGGGGUGGACAUCCGUGUGUGUCACAAAGACUAUGUGGAGGUUAUGGACACCAAGUAUUGCGGAGAAAUGUCCUCGUUGGCGCUGACCAGUGUCGGCAACAUCCUGGAAGUGCGCUUCCACUCCGACGAGUCCUUCACUGAUAAAGGCUUCAAUGCUGAGUACAGCGCAUUCGAUCCCGCAAACCCCUGUCCCAACCAGUUUGCUUGUGCCUCUGGCAUCUGCAUCAGCAAAGAUCUGAAGUGUGAUGGCUGGAAUGAUUGUGGCGAUAUGAGCGACGAGGUGAAGUGCAAUUGUGAAAAGGACCAGUUCUCUUGUGACAAUGGCUUGUGCAAACCCAAGCUCUGGGUGUGCGACCGCGUCAACGACUGCGGGGACGGGAGCGAUGAGAAAGCGUGCAGUUGUGAGGACAACGAGUGGCGUUGUGGGAAUGGCCAGUGUCUGCCCCAGGAUGUGGUGUGUGACAGCAAGAUGGACUGUGUCGACGGAAGCGACGAGGCCUCUUGUAAAUCAUCUCCGGGUGUCUGCUCUGACUUCAGCUUCAAGUGUAGGAACAGUGAAUGUGUCAACAAGGUGAAUGCUGAAUGUGACCACGUGAAGGACUGCUCGGAUAACUCAGACGAGGACCGCUGCAAUUGUGGCACCAGGCCUUACAAGCUGAACCGCAUCGUCGGAGGGCAGAACGCUGAGCUGGGGGAGUGGCCCUGGCAGGUCAGCCUUCACUUUCUGACCAAUGGGCAUGUCUGCGGUGCCUCCAUCAUCUCUAAUCGGUGGAUCCUCUCGGCUGCCCACUGCUUCGUCACCAGCGACCCAGCGUACCAUGUUGCAUCCAACUGGCAGACCUACAGUGGCAUGCAGGACCAGUACAAGCAGGAUGGUGUACAGCGCCGCCCGCUGAAGAGGAUCAUCUCCCACCCAGAUUACAACCAGAUGACCUUUGACUAUGACAUUGCACUGCUGGAGCUCACUGAGCCGCUGCAGUUCAAUAACACCGUCCAACCCAUCUGCCUACCGUCUUCCUCCCACGUCUUCCCUGCAGGCAUGGCCUGCUGGGUCACAGGCUGGGGCGCGCUCCGUGAAGGAGGUCAGAAGUCGCAGCUGCUGCAGAAGGCAUCGGUGAAAAUCAUCAACGACACGGUGUGUAACGUGGUCACCGAGGGCCAGGUCACCUCCAGGAUGCUCUGCAGUGGGUUCUUAGCAGGAGGAGUCGACGCAUGCCAGGGAGACUCUGGAGGCCCCCUGGUGUGUUUUGAGGAGAGUGGGAAGUGGUUUCAGGCCGGCAUCGUGAGCUGGGGUGAGGGCUGCGCUCGUCGGAACAAGCCCGGCGUCUACUCACGUGUCACCAAGCUGAGAGAGUGGAUCAAGAAGGAGACGGAGAUUUGAUGAUGCUGUAAGGAACGGGGGGGGGGGGGGGUGAGCAGGGAACAACGUCAGAGUGCUAAAAAUAAUGGAGAAGGAACAUUUGGGUCUGAUUCAGGACUUUAAGUCUCUCCAGGAUGUGUUCAUUUAGCAGCAGGAUCAGGAUACUCCUCCAUGGACCCAGCUCCUCACAUCAGUGACUCAGAGCACUUUAUUUGCUCGCCAACCCCCUUUUCAACCACAGCGACCCACACACUCUGUAUAGUUUUUAAAGGUGUAAAUCUGUGCAGUGCCUUUUACCCCCAUCAAUCAUGACAUGUUCCACUGGUGAACACACCCCGAGUACAAAUAAUGAAAUAUGUAUAUUGUGCGAAUCAUUUUCCCAGUAUUUGGAAAAUGCAACAUUGUAAUGCAGAAUUUGAAUUUGUGUUUCAGAAAAGUCCCCCUAUGCAAACAUAAUUGUAUUUUUAAGAAUUUUUUUAAGUAUUAUGUAUUUCUAAAAAGGUAAGACGACUUCAUCGUCUGGCUGCAGCGGAUUUUUUGCACUUUGCCAAUGAGCUCAUGCUCUAAAUUUGUUGUUUUUUUGUUAUCCUAUAUCUAAAAGGACUGUAAUGCUUGUUUCAGUCUGUUAGCUGCAAAACACUCUUCCAUCAUAGCUGACCAUUUUUCAGAGCAUAACAUAGGUCGUUCAACUGAUUUUUAUCUGCCAGGGAGUGAUUACUCUGUUUUUAGCCCUACUUGAAACAACAGUUGUAUUACUACAGCGUGUGAUGACCACAGGAGUUUAACAAAACAAAACACACCAAAAAAAACAACCCGUCAGUAAAGUUAAGUAUAUCUGAUUUGUAGCUGUUAGCCUAAAAUAGGAAAAACUCCUACAUGGUCCCUGGGAAAUUCUGAUCUGAGACAGGAUUGAUGUUUAAGUUCUUUUAAAUAGCUGUUGAUCUAAAUGUGAAUCUAUCCGGGGCCAUAGAUCCUUAUUUUUUUAUGACCCUUUUACAGAUACUGUUGCCCAGGUCACCAGUUAAGCUCUGGGUGAUUGAAGUCUUUACUGGCCGACACCCGAGGGCCACAGCGAAGCCACGUGCUUGUCACUAGUUGCCGGAGCAGUGCUAUGAGUUGUUAUUCCUGUGAGAGGUUUAAAUGAAAGAUUUAACUGGGUGGUUUAUUUUAGUCUGUUUUGCCUUCGUCUCUUGACUUAUCCUGGAGAUAUUACAGCCUGGAUAAGCAAACCAAAGAUGUGCCAAAGUAUUGUUAUACAGUUCAGAAGAAAAUUUUUGUUGGGAAUAUUGCUCGGUGGAUCUUUAUUAAUUCCACAGGGCGUUACAAUGUGUAUAUUUCAGAAAGUAAAAGACAACAUGCAAAAGAUAUUAUUCUGAGCACUGUUCUUUUUUGUGUGUUUCUACAUGUUUUUAUACAAAAGAGUAACAAUAAUAAACAUCUUUUAUCAGA